AUGUAAAACAAGAUUGCUUGGAGAUAUAAUUAAAUGUAAUAGCAAUUUACAAUUAAGAAUAUUGACUCCUCUAUUUUUUAUUUGGAUUUAUCGAAAUCAGAAACUGAACAGACUGUUGAAAAUCACUUAAAACUUAAUAAUUAUGAUGAAAUAAAUAACUUAUAAUAAUUCUUGCAAAUUAUUACUAAGUAAUAUUAGAAAUCAUUAAAAACAAGCACAGAUUCUACUCUUAAAAAAUUAAUUAUUCAUGAUUUUUGGGACAAGAUCCCUUAUAAUCAAUAAGAACUCUAUUAAUUUUUAUAUUCUUUGAAAGUGCUCAUUCGAUCAUCAUUUAUUUUGUGUGUAAUUACACUACCAGAUAGAAGAAUGGAUUUGAUGCAAUUUUGUGAUUUUUAUAUUACUAUCACAUAAUUAUUCGGAAAUAAAGAGUUCUCUGAAUUCCAAGGAAUGAUUAAAUUUGACAAAAUUGGAUGGAGUGGUUCACUAAAGUAAGUUUAAUUAGAGAAUGAUAAAUGGGGAAUCAAAAUCACAUAAAAGUCGUUGAAGAUAGAAUAAUUAUAUGAGACUGCCAUAGAAGAUGAUUCAGAAGAAGAAUAAAACAAGAAAAAUAAGAUUGAGUAAUUUUGAUGUUUUAAU